GCGUGUGUGUUGCAGCCCGGGUGGUGCACAUAGUGCCGACCUUAACUCGGUGCCUGAAAGGACGGAGCGUGGAUUUUUUUCCGCUACGGAGUGUAUAUUGAUGAUUGCUGGCUUUCCAAAAAUGCCAGGAUCAGUCCCUGCUAGUGGAGAAGCCUGUUGGCCAAAAGAUGUUGGGAUUAUUUCCAUGGAGGUCUAUUUUCCUUCCCAGUAUGUAGAUCAGGCAGAGCUUGAACAGUUUGACCAUGUGGAUGCUGGGAAGUACACCAUUGGCCUUGGCCAAGCUAAGAUGGGUUUUUGCUCAGACUGUGAAGACAUUAACUCUUUGUGCCUAACUGUGGUACAGAGACUGAUGGAGAGGAACUGUCUCUCAUAUGAUUGUAUAGGGAGGCUGGAAGUCGGCACUGAAACUAUCAUUGAUAAGUCAAAAUCCGUAAAGACUGUGCUUAUGCAGCUAUUUGAAGAGUCUGGAAACACUGAUGUUGAAGGGAUUGACACAACUAAUGCCUGCUAUGGAGGAACAGCAGCUCUUUUUAAUGCAGUUAACUGGGUAGAAUCCAGCUCAUGGGAUGGACGUUAUGCUUUGGUUAUUGCUGGAGACAUUGCUGUCUAUGCUACUGGAAAUGCUCGGCCAACAGGUGGUGCUGGUGCUGUAGCCAUGCUUAUUGGUCCAAAUGCUCCCCUUGCUUUCGAAAGAGGUCUGCGUGGUACUCACAUGCAGCAUGCUUAUGAUUUCUAUAAGCCUGAUAUGGCGUCAGAAUAUCCAGUGGUUGAUGGAAAAUUAUCCAUCCAGUGUUACCUCAGUGCAUUAGAUCAGUGCUACACAGUUUUCCGAAACAAAAUUCAUGCACAGUGGCAGAAAGAAGGCAGUGAUAGACAUUUUACUCUGAAGGAUUUUGACUUCAUGGUUUUUCAUUCGCCAUACUGUAAACUGGUACAGAAAUCAUUAGCGAGGCUAAUGCUGAAUGACUUUAUUAACAAUUUGAAUAUGAAUAUGGAAGAUGGUACUUUCAAUGGCCUUGAGGCAUUCAGGGAUGUAAAGCUCAAAGACACUUACUUUGAUCGUGAUGUAGAAAGAGCAUUCAUGAAAGCUAGUGCUGAGUUUUUUGACCAGAAAACUAGAUCUUCCCUACUUCUCUCCAACCAGAAUGGCAAUAUGUACACACCUUCUGUGUAUGGCUGCCUUGCAUCUGUUCUUGCACAGUACACACCCCAGCAACUUGCUGGGAAAAGGAUUGGAGUUUUUUCCUAUGGUUCAGGUUUUGCAGCAACACUGUACUCCAUUCGAGUAACUCAAGAUGCAACCCCUGAUUCAUCAUUGGAUAAACUUAUAGCCAGUCUUUUUGACUUGAAAUCACGACUAGAUGCUAGAAGAAAAGUUUCCCCAGAGAGGUUUGCUGAAAUUAUGUCACUUCGGCAAAAAACUCACCAUCUUGCUAAUUAUACCCCACAGAGCUCAACAGAUGACCUCUUCCCAGGGACUUGGUACCUAACCCGAGUUGAUGACAAGCACCGCAGGCACUAUGCAAGACAGCCACUGAAUGAGGAUGGUCCUUUGGAAGCAGGAAUUAUUCAUUCCAACAAAGCACAAGAGCACAUACCUAGCCCUGCAAAGAAAAUGCCGAGGAUUCCUGCAGUUGCCAAAGGAGCAGAAGCUGUUUCUGUUACAAAUGGUGACCACUAAAUUACCUCUGUGAGGUACAGGACUUUUUAGGUAUUUAAACGAUGAAACAAAAUUAAAUGUGAGCUGGCUUAAGCAAGUACACAAUAUUGUACACAAGUGAAAAUGUAAUGUUUCAUUUACCACACUGCAGGAUUCAGUGCUGUCUCUACCAUGCAAUAAUGGUCAUGGUACGUAUAAUAACACUAUGACUACUUGUUUAGUGCAUGAAUAGCCAUUGAUCACAACUAACUGAGCACUUCUGUGCACAAUCCACAUAACUGUAUUACACACUGUUGGGAGUUUAACGGCAAGCAAGUUUAUAAAAGUGUUUUAAAGUUAUUUUAUCCUGGGGAGAUGGAGAAAAAAAAUGAGAAAUGGAGAAUUCUGUGGCCUUCAUUAGGAUUCUCAUGUCCGUAGUAAUCAUUGCUAAUAUUGUAUAAAACUAAAAAAGUAUAGUAAGCUACAUUCAAGUAGUGUUACAAUAAAAAAAUCAAAAUCACUCACUUUUGUAACGGUAAUUUACACAUAACAGAUAAUUUAUGAUUUUUUAUAUUUUCACUAUGCACAAGUUGCCAAUUUAGCAGAAAUAAGCUGCAGUGGUUUUUGAAAAAGAACCCUGUUUGGAAAACAUCAGCACAUUAGGCUUUAACUGUCUAGAUGUGCCCCUUUUCAUUCACAUUUGACAGUUACAGUUUUUUCUUCAUUUGACUGUGUGUUUGUGUGUGUUUUUUUUUUUGUUUUUUUUAACUUGCUAUGACGGUGUGACUGCAAGCCGUGGGAAUCUCUGUGUUCCCUAAAUAUUGCACAGUAUGUCCCCACUUAAGUUUGAAAAGCAAUAGCAUACAUUCUUAUUAGGCAUGGAUGUAGACUGUAAUGAAACAUUCAGUAUUUUAGUGCACUAGGUUAAUUGGGUUUGUUAUUAAUAACAUUUUUAAAACCUAAAUUUAAUAUUAAUUACUCAUCAUAAAUUAGCAUGCCAGGGCCUAUGUAUGUUGUUCUAAAUAAUUCUGUCUUUAUGUAGAAGACUGAAUUAAAAAAUGUUGCUCUCUCAUGUAGACUCGCACCCAUAUUCAGAGAAUGAGAGGCAUAAUCAGCACUUCACAUAUGGAAAAAAAUUUUUAAAGCCUUAUUGUAAGCAUGUAAGAAAUGUAAAAAGUAUACUAAAUGUACAGUAUUGUUUUCAUUUACAGUUAUAUUUUGUUUUUCAUGUAUUUUGAAAGGUGAAUGUUUACAAAGUUUUAAUUUGCAAAUUAGCAAAAUCUUUACCUUAUUGCUUGUAAAAUACUAAUACUGUAAUUAAUUGUUAUUUAUAUUUGUAGAUUAAUUUUGGUGUAUGUUUCUCAAUAUUUUGUUAAAUUUGUGGAAGUACAUUAAUUAUUGUAAAUUAUAUUAAUGAUUGUAGAAGAUACGAUUCUCACUGAAACUUCUAACACUUUAGUAGUUUCACACAAUAAAAUAAUAUGUACAUGUCAA